AUGCUGAAAAUUAUAAUAAUUUUAUUACUGUCAAUAAAAAAAGCAAUAUUUGAACUUAAUUUGACUAAUAACAUAAACAUAGGACUUAUAGCUAAUGGUGAACAAUAUGAUCCUAUCAAAUUCCCAUACGUAGUAGCUUUAAAAAUUUUUUCUGAAAACAGGCAGAAAAAUUCAAUAUGUACCGGCUCAUUGGUAAAAAAGUUAUAUGUAUUGACCGCUGCUCACUGUGUUCAUGGUUCAGACAAAAGUCUUUUAGAAAUAGAAAGCGCAUUCCCAGGUGUCAAGAAAUACAUAGAAAUUGGUGGCAAGCCUACAGAUUUUGCCAAUCACCAAGCCUUGAAAUGUAUAAGUAUUGGAUUUGGUUCAAUAGAUAAGACUGGUGAAAUGGGCAGUUCGGGAUUUAUGAUAACUACUAAUGUUAGACAUGGGGAAACUGAAUGUAAAAGUUACCAAAGUGUUGAAAUAAAAGACACGUGGCAACAAUAUUUGUGUUCAGAACCGACGUUACCGGGUCGCACGAAAAUGACAUGUCCGGGAGACAGCGGUGGUCCAAUGAUUUGCAACAACAAACUCUAUGGAGUAUGUAGUUUUUAUUUCAACUUCGAAAACGGGAAAAAUGAAUGUGGUAUGCCUAACAUGCAGACUGUACACUCGUUCAUAAACUAUCAUUUAAAAUGGGUAAAUAAUAUAUUAAAUAAAGAUGAUAAAAAAGACGAUAAAAAGGGCGAUAAAAAGGGCGAUAAAAAAGAAGAUGAUAAAAAAGAUGGAGAAAAAAAGAAAAAAAAGAAGAAAAAGAAGAAAAGUUCUGGGAAUUCGAUUAAACCAUAC